AUGGGGAAUGGGAUGUGUCAAGGAGGCGACCGCAAGGGAAUGGAAGGGGAUGAUGGGAAGGGGAUGGAUGGGACCGUCCUCAUCGCUUGGGAUGACUACACCGGAGGAAUGCACGCCUCUUUCGCCAAGCACGACGACGAUGAUGACGUUGGUGGCGAUGCCAACGAUGACGGUGACGAUGCCAACGACGAUCAUGACGACGAUCGUGACGGUGACGAGGACGAUGAUGACGAUGAACCAGAUGACGAACAUGACAAUGAUGACAUGACGACUGAUGAUGACGAUGCCGACGAUGCAGAUGACGACGCCGAUAAUUAUGAUGAUGACGAUUAUGCCGACGACUAUGAAGAUGACGAUGAUGAAGAUGACGACGAUGAAGAUGAUGAAGACAACGAUGAAGAUGAUGACGAUGAUCAAGAUGACGAUUAUAAUGACGAUGAAAAUAAAGAAACCUAUGACGAUGAUGAAAAUGACGACGAAGAUGACGAUACCGACAAUGACGACGAAGAUGUUGACGAUACCGACGAUGAUGAAGAUGACAAUGAUGACGAAGAUGACUUUGAUGCCGAUGACGACGAUUUUGCCUCCCAACGCCGCCGCAAGCAAGGUGGUCCUCUUCAAGUUACCUCCCAAGGGGUCUUCAUGUAUACCCCCAACGUCACCCCCCCCACCCCCGCCCGAUUAUCUGGUCUCCCCAACAUGCCCAAUACCCACCAAGGUGUCUUCAUGUAUAACCCCGUACGUCCUUCGAGGUCCACAACCAGUCACCCUACCCAACAGGUAUCAGGUCCCCUGAGGGUCCUUCCUAUGCCAGCCGUUUCUCUGGCACCCCAGCGUCUCCUGGCCCCCUUCCUCCGCCACCCCUUCCUCUCCUCCUCCUCUCUGCCCCCUCUCCCCUCUCUGAUCCUGAGAAGCCAUCUGCUUAAUUCACGGGGACUGAAACAACACUUGGUAUAA